ACAAGCAGUCAGUGGGAUGAGUGGGGGGCACCACAGCAGUUUACAUUUCAAUCUAUGAGGGCCACACAUACAAAUUACUGCAGGGAAGGAGCGAGAGAGAGAGAGAGAGAGAGAGAGAGAACGAGAGACACACACACACACACACACUUGUGCACACGUACACACACAGGGGUGUGUCAAUGCAUGUUUAGUUCCUCAAGGAAGUACAAGUCCACAUUAUCAGAGGGUUUAGACGUGAGUGCAGAUGAUUUUCUUGUUUAAAAUGAGGCACUGACAUUGAGGUCAGGGCGUUGUCACUGUGACACAGAGGACACGUGCCACCACAGACAGGAAGAGGAGGACACUACAUACAAGUUCAGCUUCAUGGUGAGCUUGGUGGUGGUAAGCGGCACUGUCACGUGCAGCGCCUGAUGGCGCCGUCCUACAGGCGACUGCCGUUCGUUUGUUCUGCUGGAGCACACCGCCUCCAGCCUGCUUGGACUCGCUGAUGAAGCCAUCGAGUCUUGUCAAAAAAUCCCUGGCUGUGAGCUCUGGGGCAUUCUCUUGGUAAGAGGGGCUCGCUUUGAGGCCGUUAUAAGGGCAAGUCCGGCCUGCCACCUCUCCAGAGUCCUCACCCUCACCCUUAUGUCCACCUUCAUCACGAGUGUGUCCUUCCACGUCUGAGAGGACAGGGAUGGACAAGGACUUCUUCAGGAAGAUGGAGUCAUUAGUGUACAGCCUGUUGGCUCUUUGAAUUUGUUCCAUCUGGAAGACAACAUUAGUUACUUGGUAGCAUGCGGCUUUAUUACCCUAGAAAAAUUACUACAUUCAUUAAAAUACAACCAAUCAAGCCAUCUUUCCCUAGAAAUAUUGCCAAACAAGCAGGUUAAGAUGGGACAAAAAAACGACCGAAACAAACAAAUGGCAUAAAGGAACAGGAGACUUAUCAUAACCUGAAAAUAUAUAAAUAGAAGAAUUAUCCUAAACUGUAAUUACUUUAAACAUGGUGCUAUUAGUUUGGCCUUAGCUCACAGUUUGAAUACAACUGAGUUAUUAACAUGGUAAAACACAGUUGUGACUGUGUAGCAGUUAUUUAAAGUGAAAUUAGCUUAGUUGACAUAGAAAAGUACACAUAAGGUAGUGGUUCGUACUUACAGUAACUCCAUAUUUCAAGGCCAGACCUUGAAGGGUUUCACCAGGCUGGAUGUGAUGUUGUAUAACUCUCCUGCGAACCGGGGAGAGAUUGGACCGGACCAGACUGCCGUAAGACCGGCUGCGGCCGCCGAAGAGCAGGCCGUCCACCGGCUGCUUCUCCUCGGACAUGACGCGGAAUCACUGGGCACCAGUCAAGUUUUCACCACAGUAAAAUGCUUCAUAACAAACAUGGCUGCUCGCUGACGACAACUUUGUUGACCUAUAAUACCCUUUAGUUAACAAGUAAGAUAACUAAACUUAACCUUACCGCGACUGCCAAACGUGCUGUGCCUAGCGACGUCACCGACAUAAAACCACUGGUUUCAUUACAAUUACAAACGGCAGACACAACAUGAUAGUUAAUGUGGAAAAAGUGGACAUUUAUCUUACGGUUAACAUUAUGUGGAAAAAGUAGACAUUUAUCUUACGGUUAAGUUAGUCUCUUGCCUGCUGCCAUUUGUUGCCAUAGCUGCGACUCCCGUCAUGCAUCACGGUAAUGCGUUCAAAUACACUUGGAAUGCUCAAAUUUGUACUUAUUGAACGAAUCUAUUAUAAUAAACUAACAAAAAACAACAAUAUUAAACUGUUAAAUAAUACUUAAUACGAUCAGUACAUUUCGGUGACAAACACUUAACGUAAAAGCUCUGAAAUUCUCCCUCUCCAAAUAGUAUUGGAAAAAAGCUACUUUUACAUUUACCCUGAACGCCACAUUACAUACAGGCUAAACCACUAGCACUUUAGUUAACUAUACGCCUAACGUGUUACUAAAUUACACUUUCUGACAAAAUAGUAAUGUCGUUUAAAAGGGAAGGCGAUGACAAGAGUCAGUUGAAUAUCCUCAAGAAACGGCGCGUUGCAAAUCUUCUGUCAAACUUCAUUCCAGAAGAUGAAGCAGCCCUUCUGAGCAAUGGAAGAUAUACUUGUCUAGUGUGCUCCUUCCGUCCUGUGUUUGACACCGUCGACAUGCUGACAGUCCACAGGAAAGGGAAAAGGCAUCUAGAAGGAUUAAAAGCGUUCUAUGGUAAGAAAGCUGAGUUGAAGCAUGAAAUAACAAAAAGGAAACAAGAAAACUUCAUACAAGCUGAAGACGGGAAGCAGGAAGGAUCCAGUUCAGCUCCUUUAUUGGCACAAACACGGAAGCUGACCCAUCAUGCUCUGCUGAAGACAGUACCGUAUAACAGCUGCCAUCGCAGAACCAGUACAAAAACUGAAAAAGGACCAGCAAGCAGAGCUUCAGAAACAAGGGGCACCACUUGCAGUAAAACUUCACUUGAACAUCUGGACCCACCUAAGGCAGGUGCAGAGUCGGGCGAGGUUCUGAGCAGUUCUAGAGGCUCCAUAUCAGGAGGGUGCCCUGUGGCAGCGAUACCAGAACCUGAGCCCAUGACAGCCCAGAGGAGACGUGAGCUGGAGCAUUAUCUGAAACUGAAAAGUGAUGGAUGGCUGCAGGACCGGAGUGGCAACUGGAUUAAAGACCAGAAUGUGGAGUUUGAUUCUGAUGAGGAGCCUCCUUCACUUACCACCGUGCCUUCAAGUCACUAAGCUCCAGGAAUGAUUGACAGGACGGAGUGGGCAGGCUGACAGGAGUCCAGUUGUGUGUGCUUACAAACGCACCAGCAACAGGCUGUUUCUCCAGGAUCUGAUCAUCACCACCAUCACCCCCCCUGAUCCCAAGGUCGACUGUUCCUAGACGAGAUGGACACGGAGUCGUAAUUCUCGGCUCACAAGCCUCAGAUGCAUUCAGGCCAGUCAAGGCCACUAAAGGUGGGAGUCGUAGGUACUUUCCUCCGCCGUCGAAACCACCGACGUCACGGACACGGGUCGUUAGGCAGCGAGGCACUCCACCCCGACGCUUUACGCCUUUCGAUUUCCCCUGGUGAACAAGUUCAACUUACACAGGUUCUCCUUUUCAUUCACGACGCCGCUUCAGAAAUGUUAGCAUGCGGACAUCUUCUUAGCCUCACGGACAGCAGGAAAUAGACGCGAGUGCGUUACACCACACCUGGCAACAUUUGCAGUUGACUUUUUUGGGAUAAAAGUUGAAAUACGGGACACAGGAAGGCGACAGGGAAAGAAGGCCAAAAUACAGGAGUUUGUCAGUAAAACGGGAGGGUUGCCAGGUAUGGAUUGGAAAAGAAGACAUCUUUGCACUCGUGUGACAUCAUGUGUGCAUGGUCGCCAUGGUAACUACGUUCACGAGGCAAUGCCCCUACUUUCACUUAGUGACUUCAUUCAAAACAAAACAAUCCUGGUGUCAAAGUGAAACUUUAGAUCACAACAGCACAAAAAACAAAAAAAACUCGGAAUGUGAAACAGGAACAAAGCAGAAGGAAUAAGGAACAACCAAAGUAAUAAUGAAAUUGUUAGAAUCAUUUUGUGUGUGCGUGUGUGCGUGUGUGUGCGUGUUAGCAAGCGUGCUCCUGCACAGUGUGUGUUUAAAGUGUGUCAUGAGACCUCAGCUUGUUUGUGUACCGGCAAUGAUGACUC